AUGGCCCUGCCCUGCUGGCUCGUCCUCCUGGCCAGCCUUGUCCCACCAGCCGUGGGGUCCUGGGGGGUCGCCUACCCCGAGUCUGUGCUGGGUGUCAGCGGCUCCUGCGUGGUGAUCCCCUGCACCCUGACCCACCCCCCCGAGGUGUCCACCCGGGACGGCAUCGUGGCCAUCUGGUACAAGGACUACGACGGCCAGAAGACCUUGGUCUACCACUCGGAGGGCCAGGAGGUGGACCCCAGCUUCAGGGCCCGUGUCAGCCUGGUGGGACAACCGUCCGUGGGCAAGUGCAACCUGCUGCUGUGGGGGGUGACACCCCAGGACUCCGGGCCCUACAGGUUCCGCUUCGAGAUCGUCAACGGCGACCGCUGGUCGGCGACCAGGGACGUGGUGCUGAGGGUUUCAGACACCCUUGAGCAGCCCAGGGUCACUGCCAGCAAGGAGCAGACUGAGGGGCAAACAGCCACCCUGGAGUGCUACACCCCUUACUUCUGCCCGGACAACUUCAUCCUGCACUGGGUGGGCUACGACCCCCAGGUCUCAACGGUGUCCAGCGAAGUCCAGUUGGACACCAGCGGCGUCGGCCACCAGCUGAACCUCACCACCUCCUUCACCUGGAAGGACCACUCUAGAAAACUGCUCUGUGAACUUUCCUACAACUCCAGGAAGGCAACCAGGGAGGUGGUCCUGUGGGUGAGACAUGCCCCGAAGGACCCCCGGGUGCUGGUCAGCCCCUCGGGGCAGGGAAUCCACCUGGGGGACACGGUGUCCCUCAGCUGCCAGGUGAGCAGCAGCUACCCCCCGGUCUCGGGGUACCAGUGGUACAAGGAUGGGGUGUCCGUGGGCAACCAGCAGCUCCUGACCCUGCGGGACGUUGGCCACAAGGACCAGGGGCAGUACAGCUGCCAGGCCCAGAACGCCCUGGGGACCAGCAUGGCACCCAACGUCACCCUCUACAUCUUCUCUGCAGAGAUCUCGGUGAGCCCCGCGGCUGAGGUGCAGGAGGGAACGGCCACCACCCUGUCCUGCAACGUCCCAGGCUGGCAGGGCCAGGACCUCAACUACACCUGGUACAAGAACAAUGCCUGGCUGGGGGAGGGUCCCUCCCACACCCUCCUCUUCGCCCACAUCACCCCCAGUGACACUGGUCAGUACUCCUGCAAGGUGACCAACGAGCGGGGCAGCGACACUUCCCAGGCCAUCAGCCUGAGCGUGGCAUGCCAGCGGCUGGCUGCCAGUGCCACACACAACACCCUGCAGCUGGAGAUCCACGGCGCGGGGCCCCGGGAUGGUGGGAAGUACCAGUGCGUGGCCAGCAACCCCUAUGGCAGCACCAGUGCCUCCAAGGGCUUCAUCAUCCCUGGGGGGUCCUGGAUCCCACCGAGGCCACCAGUGAUGAGCUCCUUCCUGGAGACCCAGAGCGGGCGCCUGGGCAUCAUCCAGUGCACUGCUGAGAGUGACCCAGAGGCCAACCUGACCCUGUGGAGAGGAGGAGACAUCGUAGCCUGCAGGUGGGGCUGCCCCGUUGCCCCCAGCCCCAGGGUCCACGUCACCUGGUCCUACAACAGCCUGAAGGUGGAGAUCCAGGAGGUGGUGCUGGAGGAUGAGGGGACCUACGUGUGCUGGGCUGGGAACGCAGAGGGCAACUCCAGCACCACCCUGGACUUCAGGGCUGAGACUGCCAGCAUCACCUUGGCUCCAUCCUCCCAUGUCCUGGAAGGCCAAGCUGCCAACCUGACCUGCCACCUGAGCAGCCAGUCUUCAGCCCUGCCCAAUGUCACCUGGUACCACAACGGGCAGCAGCUGGCCCAGGCUGCCCAGGUCCUGCUGUCCCCAUCCGCGGAGGUGCGGGAGGGGGAGGAGGGCACGCUGACGUGCCAGGUGGCUGGAGAGCUGCAGGAUGGAACCACCUACACCUGGUACAGGAACAGCCUCCGGCUCCAGGAGAGCUCUGAGAACAUCCUGCUCCUGCCCCACGUCUCCAGCACUGCUGCUGCCUCCUACCAGUGCCGGGCCCGCCACCCCACUGGGACCAGUAUCUCCCCAGCUGUCGUCCUGAGUGUCUCCUACCCUCCCCGGAACCUGGAGAUGAAGGCCUUUGUGGAGAGCAGCGAGGGGGCCGCAGUCAUCCUCCUCUGCUCCGUGGAGAGCAACCCCCCAUCCCAGGUCACCCUGCUCAAGGGGGGGCAGUUGGUGGCCUCCAGCCCCCCCGAGGGAGGUGACAACCCCGGGCAGAGGAUCCUCAUGUCCCCAACUCCCAAUGCCUUGAGGCUGGAGAUCCAAGAGGCAUCUGAGGAUGAUGAGGGGGAGUACGAAUGCCAGGCACAGAGUCCCCUGGGCAGUGCCCACGGGUCCCUGCCCCUCCAGGUGCAAGCCAUCAGGGUGGUGAUGCGACCCUCUGCCGAGGUGACCGAGGGGACCGACGUGACCCUGACGUGCCGGGAUGGGGGUUCCCCCCGCGGGACCCUCUACAGCUG